AUGAAAUCUCACAAGGUAGCCCUAAAUGUUGAACAUGGAAAGGGUAGAAAAUAAAAUUAAGACGUAAAUGAUGAUGAUUACGCAUCAGACUCACCGACUGAUGAUGAUAUCUUAAGAUCAUAUGAUGAAUACUAGAAAGAAUUAGCAGAGGAAAGAAAAAAGAUCGCCUUAAAGUCAGAUGAGCUCGAAGAUGUGGCUGGCAAGAAGCCUCAUCCUAUGAAUGAGGAGACUCUAAUGUAAAUUCUGAAAGGGCACAGAUUCAAAUUUACCUUGGAUAAUUAUGAACAAUAUUUAGCAGAAUCUAGAAAGAUCGCUGAGAGAAUCCUUAAACGAUCAGAAGUAAACAUCUAGAGAGGAAUUGAGACUAUUGAAUAAAAUCUCUAAGAAGUUGAGGAGCCAUAAUAUAGAUCCAUAUUAUUGAUGAGAUUGUUUCAGGUUGCUAUUGAACAAGUAAAGCCAAGGGAAAUAGCUGAUAUAGUAAAAAAUGUAUUUACUGAUGGAUUUAUCACCAAGCAGCAAAUAAGAAGAGGUUUGGUAAGGUUAUUCUGGAGAUUGGAAGAUAUAAUGCUCGACUACCCCAAAGCCAACCAAGUUCUAGCUUAAAUUAUGGUAUUCAUGCAUUUGAGAUCCACAAUCUCUAAUAAGAUACUCAGUUAAGUCCCAACCGAACUGAGAGCAUUAAUUUUUAGCCAAGAAAGUUUUAAAGAGCAUUUCUCUAAAGAACUUGAGAUUCUUGAAACUGAAUAGGAAUACAGAGAAAGAAUAAAGGGGCUAUUGAAAUAAUACUAUAUAAGUUUUGAUGACUCAGAAAUCAAGUAGUUCCUAGGGGAGGAAAUACCGAAAAAGAAAUGGGAUAUGUUUAACUAUUUAUUCAUAAGAAAGGCUAUAGAUAUGGCAAUGGAUAAAAAUAGCAAUGAAAAAGAAGAAUGCAGCAAGCUGUUGAGAGAAUGUACUCAAGAAUUUUCAUUCUGCAAUAAUGACUUCGGGUAUGCAUUUGAUUAGCUUGUCUGGAAUCAUUCUGACUAUGAUAUUGAUGUGCCUCAUUUCUCCAAACUAUUAUCUCAAUUCAUUGCCAAAGCUAUUUAUGAAGGAGCCGUGACCUAUAGAUAUAUUACUGAUGCAGAAGUCACAUUGCCAAAUGACUCAUAAGGAGAGGAAGAAAUUCUGUAGUCUGUUUUAAAUAUUCUUUCUGUUGUACCAAUAGAUUAUCACAUGAAGAACAUUUGGAAUCAAACUCUAAGCAAUUAAGAGGCAGUUAAAAAAUUCAAGAAUCUCAUUAAUGAAUACUUUGCUACCUAGGACAUUGAAUAUGUUGGCAAUUAUUUGAAAGAAUUGGAUUGUGCCUUUUUCUAUCAUGAAUUUAUCAAAAGAGCCCUUGUUGCUACUAUUGAAAAGAUUGAAAUGGGAGUGAAAAAAACUGAGCAUUAUCUCGAAGAAUUAAAAGUAGAUGUUCCCAAGGCUCCCGAGUAUUUUGAGACUCUUACCAAUAAACUCAGUUAGUUCAAACUCAUUUGA